AUGACAGCCAUCGAUCAGCUGGCCAAGACAUUCAAACUUGGCUAUAAAAUCCCAAGCGAACGUCGGAAUGGCUACCGUCUCGGUCAGCGUCAGUCGGAUCCUCAGGCGGAGGCCCGCUUCACCUCCUCGAUCGCCAACAAGUUUUCCUCGCUGAAGAGCACCACCACCACCACCACUGUAGCCCCGACGACCACGUCUAUAACGCCAUCCUCCACCUCGCCAGCCACCACGACCACAACAACCAGUCCCACGGCGCCCACCACCUCCACUGGCACCUCGACGACCACGCCCUCCGCCACCACCACUGGCACCACCAGGCGUUCGUUCCAGGAGGGCGAUCUCCACCACGAGGACGACGAGGAGGAUCUGGAGCUGGCGCGCUCCUUCGCCGAGGAGGAGGACGAGGACGACGACGAUGAGGAGGGCCUGUUGGACGAAGACGAUCAGGAGGAGGACGACAACGAUGGCUUCUACAUGGUCUCGCCCGCCGGAAACGGAGGCAGCAACGGCAACAGCAACGCCGUCCAGGCCGCAGACCAGUCCUCCGGAGUCAUCCGUCCGUCGGAGAACCAGUGGCGUCAGUUCCAGGUGGAGCAGCGCAACCGGCGACGCAUCCAGCGGCUGCAGCGCGAACACAACCAGCGCAUUCGGGCCCUGCUGCGCCGCCAGCGUCGCUCCGAGAAGCGCAGCCAGCAGCGUAUUCGCCGCGUUCGCCAGCAGAACCGACGCCGUCGCGCUCAGCGGCAGCGCCGCAACCGCAAUCGCAACCGCGCCCAACGCCAGCGCCAGCGUCGCACCAAGGCCGGCCUCCGUCGCCGCCAGCAGAGCCAGCGUCAGCGCCGUCAGCGUCAGCAGCAGCGUCGCCGUCUGAUGCGUCUGCUGCGCCGUCGUCGCAACCGUCGCGGUCGCAGCCUCCAGUAA